CUAUAUAUGUUCAUUUAGAUGCUUGUGCCCAGCUAUGCUUGUACGCCUUGGAUCUGAGGCCUCGCUCAAGGAACAAGUCUGGAGUUUUCUGGUGAUUGGAUACAACUUUGGCAGCUGCAACUCUAAUAAUCUGAAGCUAUAAACACACACAUGCCUCGGGUAAGGUUGAUUGACGUGGAGAACACGUUUGAUGCAGCUAGAAAAAUACUCCAUCAUGUGGAGUAUAAAUAUAAGGAAAAAAAGGUGUUCUACUUUGAAGGCUGGGAUGGAAUGGGUGCAUCUGCUGCUCUCAAGGAAGCAGCAAAACGCCUAAAAUCUUCAGCAUCAAAGUUUGACAGUGUUCUCCAUUUGGAUUGCUCAUUAUGGAAAAGUAGGAGGGCCCUACAGAAGGCUAUCGCCGAGGAGAUAAAGCUCCCCCAUUCAGUGAUGGCCAUCUUGAGCCAGCAUGACAAGGAGGAUGAUUUCGACGGUGUAGAAGAAGGCGCUAGAAAGGAGGUACAGGAAAUCAAUACGCAUACCUACAGAAAGCUAUCCACCGUCAAUAGAUUAGUUGUGGUCUUCCAUAAUGGAAGUGGUAGCUUCAUUGACCUGAGCGAGUUUGGUAUCCCACUGAACCGAAACUUCAAAGGUGAUGUGUUGUUGUGGACAAUGCAAGGGAGGUUUAGCUACAAUAUAUAUGAAAAAAUAUAUGAAAAUAUUCCUAAUAUGGUGUAUCUUUAUGUGCAUCGUGAUAUAGUGCAAUUAGAUGACACUUCAUUGUGGGGCAUUGUGAAUGAGGAAGCUAAGGAGGUUGCUCAGUACACGGGUAUCAUGGACCACAUGGUAGUGGUGGCAUGCAUCCUGUACACGUGGAAGCUAAAAGACAUGGGUAACAUAGAUUGGGAUACCCAUGCUUCAAACUACUGGGUUUGUGAUGGCAUUAUACAAGGCAGUAGUAGCUCGGAAGCAUGGGCUUGGAAGGUUGGUGAUGCACUACAGAGAAACACACAGUUGGACUGGAGAAGGUCUUAUAUGCAUGAAUUCUUUUCAUCCUCAGCUAUUGAGAUGCAGAUGCAGCAUCAUUUACCACGACCUCCAGUGAUUUGUUGCACUUCCAAGAUUAUUAGUGUGCCUGCUGAAGCAACUUCCUUUUUUCUACAACCAAAAUAUGAAGAUGAAGAAUCUCCCUCUAGAGGGGUUGUUACUGUUGACACAACAAUACAAUUACCAGCUUCUAUGUUCAAACAUUCAGCCAGUAAUCUGCGUGUGCUGCAUCUCUCUCGAUGCACCUUUAGAUUUGCAUCACCACCAUUCCUCUACUGCAGCAACCUAAGGUUCCUCCGCCUUCACCGUUGCGAGGACGAUGGCACAAGUAUCACACCAACAGAGGGCAAGGAACUUGACGACCAGAGUGGAGCAUGGAGGGCUUGCUUCGGGAAGCUGCGAGUAAUGGAUUUGAGCUACACCCAAUGGUGCUGGUUGCUGUCAGAAAGGAUGAUGAACAUAAUGGCCAACCUCAGAGAGUUGAAUGCAAAGGGAAUCAAGAACUUGAGCACAAGUCAUCUACGUGGUUGUGGCAGCCUUAUCAAGCUUCGAGUAGAAGACGGCAGCGUUGACGGACAAAGAUUAAUACUUGAGAACUCUGUUGCACUGGAACAAGCCGUCCUCACCAACGAUGCUAAAGAUGAAGGUGCUACAGUUGAUAGGAUACGCAACAUCUCCUUUCGUGGUUGUGCUCAGUUGAGGAGUAUAUUGUUGAGAGGAUUAUUUUGUUGCCUCCAUGAGUUGGACCUCUCUUGCACAUCUGUGGAAACCGUCAACUUGCGAAAGGUACAAGCCCAGAGAUUGAAGCGGCUCAUCCUACUUGGGUGCCAGAAGCUCCGUGCAAUACUAUGGCCACUGAGCACCUCAUCUAUUGCUAAGACCUUGGAUGUGUUUUGUGUGAGCACCACCCCAUCCAUGACAGCAUCAGGACAGGAGUGGCCGCGUCUAUGUAAAUGGGAAGAAAAGAGGAAGGAGGCUAACUCUGCUUCUACUACAGAAUCCUCAUCCUUGGACAGAAACUGGUACAUUUGUGUAAGGGAUGCGAGGCUCCUCCGGUCGCUACAAAUCUUUCGUACCUAUGAAAACAAUCGUUUUUCCCUUGGCUGGCCUACACGUGUGGAGUUCACUACACCACCAGCAUCAGGUGAUCUUGUUGCUGCUCAAGGAGUCAGUAUCUUGCAGCAGACUAUACAUGUUGUAGAUGUAUAUGCAAGAGAUAUGAUCACCCAUAACCAACUUAUUCAUGAUGAGGAUGCAACUGCUGGUGAUGAGGACGGUGAAGGAGCGAUCCACUGGAUGUGGGAUUGCCCAAUGACCCGGACGAUGCAUGGUCAUGGCUGGUAUAUUCACGUACAAGCAGAGGAUGAUGAGCAGGAGGGAGAGGGUGGUGAAGCACAGGACAAGACAGGUGGAACAUGGUCAAUGCCCCCUAGUUUUAUAUGCACAAGUGCUGAUGUUGUGCAUGUGCAUGAUUGCAUGUCCAUCACCUUCGGCAUCUCUCUGUCAUAUAUUACCUCAUGGAAUGAACUUCAUUGGUGCCGAGUUGAAAGGUGCCCCAUGUUGCGAUCUGUCUUCACUGCCUUUUCUGAAGGAAAAGAAAAUGAUGUUUCUAGUGAUUCAUGGCUGAUAUUUCAAAACCUGACAACAUUCUGGGCAUCACACCUCCCGAUGGCAAAGCACAUCUGGAACUGGAGUCCAAGAGCUUAUCCAUCUGCAUACUCCUUUCAACAGCUCCAGUUCUUGCACCUGGACUACUGCCCGAGGGUCAUCUUCGUGCUCCCCUUGGACUCGAAUAUGUCGCUGCCUCAGCUUGAGACCCUAGAGAUCAUUUGUUGCGGUGAUCUUAGGGAGAUCUUUCGCUCAUGGGAUCCCAGGCUCGAGAACCAAGAGGAGGUUGUCAAGCAUUUCCCCAAGCUACGACGCAUCCACCUCCACAACCUCCCGACGCUGCGCGGCAUUUGUGGCCGCAUGAUGUCUUCACCAAUGCUCGAGACUAUCAAUGUCACAGGCUGUCCAGCACUCAGGCGUUUACCGGCGGUCGGCGGCCGUCUCGCGCAGCCACCCACAGUGGUGUGCGAGAAGGACUGGUGGGAUGGCCUCGAGUGGGAUGGGUUGGAGGCCAAGCACCACCCUUCCCUCUUCCGCCCCAAGCACUCAUGCCACUACAGGAAGCCCAAGCUUCUUAGAGGCAGCGUCCUCAGGUAAUCAACAACAGCUGCCAUUGGAGGCGAAUGGACCCCUCCACUCCAUAUAUAUGUUGCAGGUUGCACAGUAUCGACGUCCAUUCCUGACAGCAGUCGAUGAAAUAAGACUCCUAUUAAUUAUUGGUAUCUCCCUCUUCAAGUCGUGGUGUGUGGUUGGUUCCCUCUGCUUCAACUACGUUGUUCUUCUGCCUUUCUCUGCAUCCACAUCACCACCACCAGUUUAUUGUCUACGCUUGUGUGUGUUGUUUCAUCGCUGAGCAACAUUAAAUAUGUGUUUUAUGUGUUGUAUUUAUCUAUUUGGUACCAUGGUUGCUAUAUAAUUAUGUGUGGUUUAUGUGUUGUAUUUAUCUAUUUGGUAGCCUGGUUGCUAUAUAAUUGUGUGUGGUUUAUGUGUUGUAUUUAUCUAUUUUGUACCCUGGUUGCUAUAUAAUUAUGUGUGGUUUAUGUGUUGUAUUUAUCUAUUUGGUACCCUGGUUGCUAUAUAAUUAUGUGUGGUUUAUGUGUUGUAUUUAUCUAUUUGGUACCCUGGUUGCUAUAUAAUUAUGUGUGGUUUAUGUGAUGUAUCUAUUUAUCUAUUUGGUACCUUGAUUGCUAUAUACUUAUCUGCUUUUAUGUGAUGUAUCUACUAUCUAUCUAUGUGACUGGAUACUCCAUAUAUAUGCACAAAGUAGUCGGAUGUCAUACUAAGUCAUAUGAAAAAGUUUCCAUCAAUUUCAUCCAAAUUCUAAAGUGUGAAUGUGAGGUUUUGAAGUUUUAUGGUCGAGCUUCAUAUAUGGGUCCCACAUAUGCAUCUAAUCUUAUUAAUUUGAUAAAGGUGUUUUGUGAUAUUCUGGCCCCAUCGGAUGGUGAUAUCCUAGUCCAAGGCUUAUAAUAGAAUUAAUAGAGUACUCAAACCAACAAGAUACAUCUUUUUUUCGGAAGCCUACCUCAAAAGAACUUCUGAGUUAAGCGUGUUUGAUCUAGAGGAAUCGUGAUGCACUAUACCACAACACCAAAUUAGUGUCGGACGACUGUCACAAUAAAUAGAGAAUUAGCAUCGAAUUGUUAGUUGGUAUACAUUGCCACAGAUGGUGAGUCGGCAUAUGUCUAUAUUCCAACUGAGUGUUAGUCGUUAUAUUUAUAUGUGAAUAGUGUCGCUUUGUCAGUCGACAAUUCAUACCUAUAACCUCGCACUGUCAGUCGCCAUAAAAAGCAUUGUGCAAUUUGCGGCAUCGGUGGCCUGUUGGCACGCAAAAUUGGUGGCCCAAAUACGAGUUGCCGCCGCCCAAAACCCUAUCUCUCCUUUCCCGUAAUACCAGCCACCGCCAUCCAAAUAUUCCAACCAUCCCCAGCCGCGCGCUAGUUUCAUCCGGUCGGCCGCCAGUCGUCCUCCAACCGCGCGCCCUGCUAGCUUCUUCCUUUGUUUUUUCUGAGCCGACGACGCCCCACUGCUACUCCAGAGGAGCAAGGCCGACCGCACUGCUACGAGUCCGGCGGAGAAGCGCCGGCCGACGCGGCCACGGCUGUGUGCUUGCGCGAGUAGGCCUACGGUACUGCCGUCCGAUCCCAGGCAAGUUUUAUGUCUCCUAACCUUUUAGUUUUGUAAUGCUACUUUGCUACUAUGUGAUUUAGAUCCUAGGAUCUAGAAAUGGCCACCAAGAAAAACUAUUUGGUUAAUGUUAAGUAGUGUUGCUCAGCACAAAAAUAUUGUAAGGGGACUUUGUUCAUGUAAAACUUCACUAGUAAUCCACACAUACAACUCUAAAUUAUGCUACAGUGUUUAAAUGUAAAUUAGUGGGGAAGGAGGGAGUUGUGAGUUGAUAACCUGAAAUAUAUUUUUUCUAUAACUUUGAUGUUGCAGUCACUGAGUUUCUAAGAAGUAGUCCUAAACCAUGGUGGAUAAGACAUGGAUCAAUGAUGAUGCUAGGUACAAAUUCAUUAUAACACAAAUAUAAAUGUGAUAUCUAUAGCUUAAAUACUAAUCCAUUACAAGAGAGUAAUAAGCUAUCUCUUUGUUGUUUUUCAUAUAUGGUGAUUGCAUAUUUUCUAACUAAUGGUUUCUAUGAUUAUAUAACUAAAGGUGAGCAAGACAUCAAAAUCAUCCCAGAGUGCUACAGGUAUAUAUAUGAUUGACAUCAAAAGCAUCCUUACUUUACUAGGUACUCUAAUUGAUUAGAAUAAUGCUUUUGGAAUGGAGUUAUGUUGCGUUCAACUAUUGUAUAUUUAGCUUAAUCAUCGAGCAAGGUGGUAUCUAUUCUAUAGUUUAUUUUGGAAUGGAUUUCUAAGUAGUCUACUAAUGAUUUGGGUUUUAAUUUUGUCAGGAGGGAGGUCCUAGAGGUAGUAAGUCACUUGUUUACUCCAUGAUGACAAUAGCAAGCAGAUCGCGGUGGUGCCUAUGGAUGCUACAACAAGAAAGAUCAAAAGUUCUUUUGGAUGGAUGCAACUAGAUAUUUUGUUUUGUAUUUUCUCCAAAAGAGAAAUUUGCAAGUGAACUUAAAAUUGUGAAACCAACAUGUGGUUGUACUAGCUAGUAUCUCUAAGCUUUCACAAGCCAAA